AUGCUCUCGCAAGCCCAGCUCGAGGGAGUGAAGCUCAAGGCCAAGUUCACUUUCAUCGACGUCGUGGAGCCUUCAGCGCCGAGUCCGAGGCGAUCCGCAAGCAUGCCUGCAAUGACGCAUGGUCGGAGCCUUCAGUGCGAGGACGACUACUUGGCGGGGCUCUUGGAGGAGGCCAGGAGUGCUCUCCCCAUCCCGCACCGGGCUCUGACGGCCGCGGCUGAGAUCGCCUUUACCCCGCCGGGUUCGGAAGACUUCGAAGCUGGUGACCAAGACGACGUAGCCGGGAGCCUCGGGCAUCCCUAUUUCUGCCGCCGACCUUGUGUCUUACUGGCAAUGGGCCGGUGCCAAAAGGGAAUGGCUUGCAAGUACUGCCAUCAUGCCCAUGGCAGCGAGAAGCCCCAGGUGUUUCCGAGGCACAUUCGGGAGAGGAUCAACCGCAUGAAGGGAUCCACGAAGUUGCGGUUGCUUCGUGAUAGCUUUCACCAGAAGGUGCAAAAAGUUCCGGAGUUGGCUUCGCAAGUCACGAGGCUGGUGGACAUCAUCGAGGAAGGGCUACGUAACGAAGCCCCGGAGUCGUCAGAAUCCACAGGCUCUCGACUUCACGAGAGGGUUGCCGUCAUAACAGUGGCAGCCAUGCUGGGUGACGUGUUCACCCGGAACAUUGACCCGGACAUUCAGCGGCGCCUACAGGAAGAGCUCCGACGUCUCCGCAUCGAAGCCUGA